CUUGCAGGUGUAGUGAGGCGGAGCUAUCGAGCUGUAUCGACUGAUCUGUAAACACGAGUUUCGUUAAAGUUUCUGGGGCUGGUUUAGUAACCAGGUUUCGGUUUUAAACCAGAGUGUUUUGCCUUCAGCGACGAGGCUAAUUAACGGGAACUAAAGCUGGAAAUUUCCAGUUUCCCCUGGUCAACGUGGUCUGGGACAAACGUAGCCUACCUGCCGCUCCCUUUUGAUAACUACCUAACUCUUCUCUUCCUGCUGUUGAACUCUGCCCAUUAUGCGUCAGUGGGUAAUGUAGAAUGAUAUAAUUCCUGUUUAGAUGUAAAGGUGUUCAGACAGGUGGAUUGAAGGGCCUUUGGAGCACCGUGUGUUCUACACGGCUGACGCACAGGUGCGUUAUCAUGUUGUUUGGUUUGUUCGUUCUCCUUCAACUACUGAGCGGCGGACAUCUGGCCUGUACGAGGAAGUUACUCUCCGAAAAUGAAGGAUCGCAAGACCAAAAAGUUUUUGUCGAUGAUGGGAACGCAAACGAGUUCCUGGGUCGCCACCUGCUGUUCAAUCGUUUUGACUUCGAGAUGUUCACUCCUGGGAAUCUAGAGAGGGAGUGUUAUGAAGAAGUUUGUAACUAUGAAGAAGCGAGAGAGGUCUUUGAAAACAUCCCCCAGACGGAUCAGUUUUGGAAGAAAUAUACACAAGAUCACUCAAACAACCCGUCUCGAAUCGAUGUGACGGCGCUCUUGGUGGGACUGAUUUCAUCUUUAGUGGCUGUUGGUAUAGUUAGCAUCUUGAUCUGGUAUUACUGUAGCAGCAGACUCAAAGGAAACUUAAGCCGUUCAGGCUCUCGUCAGAGUCAGGCACGUCCCAGGAGGAGCAACGCCUCUCUAAUAAUGCGGAGGUUGGACGAUGUCACCAGAGAUCCAGACCCCCCACACCCUCCUGGGGAAGGAGAUCCUCUUGGUCUCCCCUCAUAUGAACAGGCCAUCUCAGGAAAUGGACCACAUGAUGCCCCACCUCCUCCCUAUCCUGGAUCAAGACCUGGGACUCUAAGUCGGUAGUAUCUUCUUACAGCUGGACUACCAAAGUGACUCGUGUUCUAAAAUUUUUAUCAUUGCAUGAAGUUAAAUGGUGACUUUCUGGUUUCUUGUAAUAUUUGGGCGUAUUUUCCCACGUGUGCAUAAAAUCUAGCCCAUGAAUUUAGAUGACUUUUAAAUAUUGUCUAUUUUGUAUGAUCUGUGGCUCAAAAUAAAUGAAAGGUGAUAAAUUA